AGUCAGCUUGUGAUAAAGUACUACGUAUAUUUUUCAAAAAGAAUAAAGUGAAAAGAUCCACAAUAAAAGUUCCAUCUCCUACUCAUAGUUUUAUCUUGAAACUGUCUUUAAACAAAAACUUGUUAAAUAUUCUUUCGAGUUUUUUUCAAGUAAGGAAUAUUGAGGCAACAUAAACAUAACCAACAGGUGAAAAACCAAUAUAACAGUUUCUCGUCGAUGCAAAGUUUCCUUCACAUGGUAUCAGCUUUGUCCCACCCUCUGCCCUUUGUUUGAUGAAAGGGUUGAACUGACCCCAACUCCACCUCCCGUCACCUCAUCACUCAGAUUGUAUGGACUGGAACCAAUCACAAGUCUGAAUGUUGAACUUAACCAUUUAUACUAGCCAAUCACAAACAGAAUUGAUCUCAUAUGUGAUCUUUGUUUGUCUAAUAACCCAGAAUACAGACCACAACGCUUUGAAGAUGGAGCUACUGUUUGUGAUUCUUUUGAUCUUCUGCAAAAACAGUGACAUGCUCUCUACCAACAAUGCCUCAGAUAUGCAUCAGCAGACUGGGAUUAGGACCGCUAAAGUUGGAGAGACAGUGACUUUAUCCUGCUCCUGUAAGCAUGAUUCUGCAAAUUACCUCCUUUGGUUUCAACAAAGCCCGGGUGGGAAGCCUCACAUUGUAUCAAAGUGGAUGAGGCACCACACGGAAGUUGAAAUUCCCCUUGCAUACAAAAAAAGAUUUCAAGUUGUUGCAAACUCCGCAAAUGGCGUCAACGAUCUGAUGAUCUCAAAUCUUCAGCCUUCGGACUCAGGAACAUAUUACUGCGCUUUUCUAAGAUACGCUGACCUUGUGUUUGGACAAGGAGUAUUCCUCCAUGUCAAGACAUCCCCAUCAAAAAACACAACGUUGCCCUUUCGUCAACCAAAGCUGAAACUACUACACCUUGGAGAGUCUGUGAACCUGAGCUGCAGGAUCUACGCGGAACCCUGUGCAGCAGAACCGGACCUCUAUUGGUUCAGAGACGCCGGGUUGAAACCCGGACUCCUGUAUCCCAGUGACAGUCACUGUACAAGCGGCUUCAACGGCACAUUUCGUGGUAAAUAUUGCACUUCCAACCUCAUGCUAGAUCUGAUGAGGUCCUCAGAUGCAGGAACCUACCACUGUGCUCUGGCUUCCUGUGGUGUGGUUGUUUUUGGAGGGGGAACAAAGGUAGAAAUUAUAGUCCCGCUUCUCCUGGUGUAUUGUUUGAGUGCAGCUCUGGCACUAUCUAUCAUCGGGGUCCUUGUUUUGACUUCCUUCAUGUACAAGCUAAGCUUAAAACUCAAGAGCGUCUGUGAAGGAGUUGAUGCCAAUGAGAGACCUCCUUCAACCAGAGCAGCUAUGCAGGAGCGUGAGCCAGGAAGUCUCCAUUAUGCCGCAGUGAAUCUGAGGAGGAGUACAGAACAACGGCUUGGAGGGGACACAGAAGAGGCUUGUGUGUACUCCAGAGUAAAGAGACCAAAGGAGUAAAUAUCUGAAGCAAGAAAAAGACAACUCACAUGAUUGAUUUAAACAUGUUUGAAUGUGGUGCAGUGUUUGCCAAAUGAGUAUUGCAAGUACAACACCGCUUUGAGAAACAAUAAAAUGUCAAAUUAAUUUAAAUAGCAACGCUGAAGUUUUAUGAAUUUUCCCUUCAAGCACCUUUGCUAACAGUCUGCUAACCUCAGUGUGUAAUAGUGUCAACUGUUUGGCCCUCCACUGCUGUGGUGAAGGUGUUAUUACUGUAAAGAAGUUUCCACUGGUGGAAACUUAAACCCCAAACAUGAAGACUGGGCCUUCAGUCCACACCACUGAGCUAUUCAGGCCUUGCAGUAACCUGCUGCAUAUUUAGGAACCGGUAAAAGAUUCUUCUUCUUUUCCAUGUUACAAAAAAAAAAACCUUUCAGAAUUUUAUGUAACUGAGCAAAAAGACACACAUGAUUGUGAAAUGGAAGAAAAACUGCGCAUGAUUUUUCACAUUUUUAA